CUUCCAAACAAAUAUCAAUUUACUUUUUGAUCCACCGCUCGAUUUCCCCAAAUCACUUUCGCUUUGCAACAGAAAACACAGGAGAAAUCCAUUUUCUGCCCUGAAUCUCCCCUUAGUCAUCGGAAAAAUGGCGAGCUCUCUGCAACGGCUGGCGAGCCAAUCUAGCAAAGCCUAUCGAUCUUCCAUCACUACAUUAUGGAGAUCAUUCUCCACAGAAGACUCGUUGGUCGAAGUUAAACCCGGUGAGAUCGGUCUGGUAUCUGGUAUUCCCGAAGAACACCUUCAACGAAAGGUUUUGAUUUAUUCCCCUGCUCGAACAGCUACUCAACAAGGAUCAGGAAAGAUUGGGAAGUGGAAAAUCAAUUUCACGUCCACACAGAAAUGGGAAAAUCCGUUGAUGGGUUGGACGUCUACUGGAGACCCAUAUGCCAACGUUGGUGAUUCUGCACUAAGUUUUGACAGUGAAGAAGCUGCAAAAGCAUUUGCUGAACGGCAUGGUUGGGAAUACACGGUUAAGAAGCGCCAAACACCACUAUUGAAGGUAUGAGAUUCUUCUUCAAUUGACUUCAGUAUGCGCAAUCUGUAAACCAGUCAGGUCCCCUUUCCUUAAAAAGCACAAGCAUUUAGCCUUUGUU